AUUAUCUAAAGAACUGCAAGCUAAAAAGGAUCUGAAUAACUAUAUUAAGACACUUGCAGUAAAAAUAUUUUCUAAGGAAGAAGCAUAUACUGAAAGGCUAAAAAAUUAUCGCAAAAGGUAUGAAGAUAAUAAUCUAUAUGGUAGUUUAGAGGAAUUAUAUAAGCUUUAUUAUCAAUAG